CGCGCGGAGACUGGAACGCUCCAGAUGGAGUUAGCCAGCGCCACGCACCACCCUUCUGGCAAUGUAAGCGACACUGGCGCCAUCAUGCGCCUCUGGGCUCCUGAGACAAAUGUUGCCCAUUCGACCUCUUCUUCGAGGCGUUGGGCACACCUCAUCUCGAUGAAGGUAGGUCACCACCGAUAUUACAACGCACGCCCGAGGCAUCAUUAAGAGACGGGAGAGGAUGGCGAUGAAGGAAGCGAGUCUGCAGAAGGCGCCGCUGCUGGUGGAAGAGGAGAGCGAAGGGGAGAAAGAGAAGUCAUGGCAGGUCUUACUGAGAAGUCCUAGGACAGACCGGCAGCGUGCUGUGCGACUGUACUGCCUGCUCGGUCUCAAUGUAAUCCUGUUCCUGUCCUCCCUGGCGCUCUACAUCAGAACGGUUUCGUUGCAGGGCAAGGAGACUGCCACUCUGCCACCAUGUGUCCACCGGACGGACAUGGAGGAUGCUCGCUCGGCGAUCGAAUACGAGGAACAGGAGUACACUGGGGCGCUGGUCUACGAUCCGGAAACGCAUACGGCUGGCCGCAGACACGAUGCUGAUGUAGAGUACUUUGGCCCGCCGACACCACUCCUCGACGAGAACUGGCACCAAUUGCUGCAUGGCGAGAUACCGACCAUGACAGAUGAGGAGGCUGAGCCCUACUUGCCUGAGCUGCUGCGCAUCCCAAAGACGAAGUCUUACCACUUUGAGCCCGAUAUGUUCCACACCCUGCACUGCCUGAACGCUGUACGCCUGGAAGUAUCGAAAUCGCUUUACAACACGACCUACGUCUCACAACAUCACUCCACUCACGGCAACUUCCCCGAAGGAUGGGAUGCAACGCAUCUCGAACACUGCCUCGAUCGACUGCGCCAGAGUGUUAUGUGCCAUGGAGACUUGACGCCCUCACCGCUUUAUUAUUGGAAAGGAUUCAAUCUUGCAUUGGGCAGAACUGGGAAGAGAACGUGCCGGAAGUGGGAGCCGAUCAGAAAAUGGAUGGAUGAACGUGGUAAGAGAGGGAAUGUAUUGGAGUCAUUCUAGAUGCUAGGUAUAACCACAAUGCAACAAUGUUUGCACCGGUGGCCGCUGCAAUGCGAGCAUAUCCCAGCAUAAGCUAUACGCGCCAAGCCAUUGACGCUGCUACCCAAGACGCAUCGAGACUGAUCGCUCUUGCACACCAGCGAUGAUGCCAGCCCAGGAUCAAACGCCACCACAGGACCAAGGAAUGGAUCGGAUACCACAAUACGAGUGACUGCCUUUGAUGAUGCAGCCGCGACCCGACAGCCUGCGCGCAUAGAGCAUUGUCAACCCCAGAGCUUCUCAGCUAUUAGCGCAGCCAGCUUCACCUUGGACUGCUCCAAUACGGACUGAUGUGUGGUCACGCUCAUCUUCAAUGUCGAAUACGAAUCUUGGCUACUUAGCUUUCAAAUGUACCUUGGCAUUGCAGCACGCCAUCUCCCGUCUGCAUAUGUAUAGCUGCCGUCAAGCUCAGCUUGCGGCUUCGCGGAUUGCAAGGAUCCCGUGCAAGCGACCACAUUAGAGGACAGCACAGCGCAGCGCAGCACAACACAACACCGCCCCAUUAGCAUGCGAGAAGUGCGCCGAAAACAGCAGCUCUACCAAACCGCGGGGCAAAACAAAGCG